GGAAAAAAUAAACUAUUGUGAGAUUUAAAUUAUUCAGAAAAGCAUGUUAUAUAAUAAAAAACUCACCACAAUUUGUAAUUGUAUAAAAAUUCUUUCUGCAAAUUUACGAACAGUAUAUUGCAACCAUGGAGUUGCGCACGCACACACAUACUUUUAAGCCGAUAAACGAAGUACCGAAAAAAUCACAAAAACCGCAAAAGUUGGGCGAAAAAUAAAGAUUUCUACCUUCUCUUGUCGGUAAAUUCAUUUUUGUGCGGUUCUACAUGUGAAGUGCAAUAUAAAGCUAUAGUGGGAAUAAUUAAACGGUGGAAAAUGUAAAAGUACCAGAAAGAAAGUGUAUUUUAGAAGACAAGCUGCACCUCGAGAUCCAGCAACAACAAAUACUUCGGAAGCAGCAGAGCCACACCAAACGCCUUCACAAGGUGUCAGACGGGCUAAAGUGGCAUAGGCAGCGAAAUAAUUCAACAACUCCAACUUCUGAAUGAAAAUUUAACCGUUUCAGAAUCGGCAAUUGCGGAAAAGGACUCCACGAAUUAUUUGUAAAUAUGUUCCACUGUGAACUGGAUAAAAGUGCCAAAUAUUUAAAAAUUAAAUGCGUUGCUGUGUAGAAAUCCCUACAAAUAUUUCAAAGUUUAUUCUGGGCAGCCAAACUGUGGGAAAACUCGACUCAUAAAUGAGCGCGCAUAGAUGAAUUGACUUGAUUUUAAUCAGCAACUGAGCUACCGACAUACACAGAUGUAUGUGAAAUAUUUUUUUUUACGAAAUUCCAAAUUUUAAAAAUAUAAUAAAUUUAAUUAAAAAUCACGGAACCACUCCCAACUAGUCAAACAAAAAAAAAAAGAGAAAAAAAAAAUUAUAAGACAGCAGCAAUUUAGGAUUAAAAAGCAAAAGCCCAUUAAUAAAGCCAAGUGAACAAAACAGUUGCAUUUACGUCAAGCUCCAUCGUUUACGCAAAUUUUAACUCGAUUCGCCUUUCCUCGCAUUAGAAAGAUCUCUACCAAUCUUCGAUAUCAUCCACUAUUCAUCCUGCUUCAUUCGUUUCCAUAGUUCCCAAUUGCUGGCAUAUAGAAUCGUGCGAAAAUGGGCAACAAAAACUCCUGCUGUGCUUAUUCGAGCCCCCAAUCCGAACACAAAUCUAAAGAUAUACCACCCGUCUACGAGGAGCGUCACCAUGUGCAUAGCAGCCACCAUAUCUCAUCAUCGCAACACCAGUUAGAUGGUCAUAUUUCUGCUUCCACGGCGGCUAUACAUCACAGUGCUGGUACACUGGACAAUCCGCACAAUUUGCAGCAUAUUUCGGAACGCGAAGCGCUCGAAGGUGAGGAUGAUCCCUCCGUCGAUCCGACCGCUGCCACCAUGUUUCUUGAGCGUUCGAAAGUGGAAAACGGUGGCAUUUCACGCAAGCGUUCACAACAUCAAAUCGCCCAACAGGCGGCGAAUUCAACUGGCGGUGGGCUGAAGAAGAGUUCAUCGUGCUCCACCAUCUAUUUGGAUGACAGUACUGUAUCGCAACCAAAUCUCAAAAAUACAGUGAAGUGUGUGUCACUCGCUAUUUACUAUCACAUUAAGAAUCGACAAUCAGAUCGUCGGCUGGACAUUUUCGAUGAAAAGUUGCAUCCACUAACGCACGAUUCCGUGCCCGAUGACUAUGAUUCGCAUAAUCCAGAGCACAGACAGAUCUACAAAUUCGUACGCACUCUAUUCAAUGCGGCUCAACUGACUGCUGAAUGUGCCAUUAUAACGCUAGUCUAUCUCGAGCGUUUGCUUACUUACGCAGAAUUGGAUUUGGCACCUUGCAACUGGAAACGUAUGGUACUGGGUGCCAUACUGCUCGCCUCCAAGGUAUGGGACGAUCAAGCCGUCUGGAAUGUGGAUUAUUGUCAAAUAUUAAAAGACAUCACUGUGGAGGAUAUGAACGAACUAGAACGUCAAUUCCUUGAAUUGCUACAAUUCAAUAUCAAUGUACCCUCAUCCGUCUACGCCAAAUAUUACUUUGACUUACGCACGCUCGCCGAGGCGAACGAUUUGUCCUUCCCAACGGAACCACUCUCCAAGGAGCGCGCCCAGAAGUUGGAGGCAAUGUCGCGUGUAAUGCAGGACAAAGUGACUGCCGAAGCUUUGAAGAAUGGCAUGAAGAAGUGGUCCUCAAUGGACAACAUUAGCCAAGGCGGUCCGCGACGUUCUGUGGCUAUACUUUCGUGAUUUUCAUUAGUUUAUUAGAGCACAUGCGUGAAAAAUUAGAAAUUUUGAUUAUCGAAUAAUUAAUUAUACGCACACCUUAAUGAACAUUCACAUUUCUACAUACGCAUGGGAAACGCCAAUACAUUAUUUUUCGUAAAAAAAAAUAUAUAUACGAGCACGUUUGUAAAAAGAUACGCGCCCCGUGUAAGCGAAGCAGUGCUUUAGUAGUAUAGAGACUACCCGCUCGCUUACGGUAGAAUGAGUGCAAUUUUACAACAUCUCUCACGCAUCAUUCAUACAUGGAAAAUGUAAUUUAUGUAUGUCAUACUUCCCAUUAGAAUGCAAUCAGCGGCAAAAUGCGCGCAACAUUUCCGUUUAUCUAGUGAUUGUUUUAUGCUUCGCUGUUCGUCUAACAACUUUAUUUAAAAUAAUAUAAUAUCCAAUCAAUCACAUACAAAACUUUUGACUGAAAAUAUCAAAAAAUUAAGCCAAUGAUUUUGGCUUGACGGUGAUGAGUCUUAUCUGAUCUGUUGCUGCAAAUUUUUGUAGCUGGUUGCAUUUAGCUAAAAAUUAAAGGAAUUAUCCUUUUUAAUGAGAUUGAUUUUCAAAACCUAGUUUAAGAGUCGUAAGAAGGCCUAUGAAAUUGAACGCCUAUGAUAUUCGAAACCUUAGAAAGUAAGUGGUUUUGUGAACAGGGUGCGCGUACGAAAUGUUGAUGUGGCUAUAAAUAAAAAGCUUUAUUUUAGCUGAAAAUAUCAAAUAUGGCUUGGAUUACCGUCACGCAAUCCGUUGAUUUACGAGUGCACGUUGACACAUCUCCAAUAGUAGCCAUAGCCCUAUAGUAGCCAUUUUCAAGAAAUUAUAUAUUUGUGAAGCUCGAAUUGUGCAAACUUAAGCGCUAAAGACCAUUUUAAGUAGCUUUUAAAUAGAUGUUUACCCGUCAUGUAAAAAGAGAGAAGACAUAUGCGAACAAAGAGGUGCAAAAAUUAGUAGAAUAUUUGGAUUUUAAAAAGAAAAUAUCAGUGGCCAAAAAACCGUUAAUAAACAUGAAAUAGGAUAUGGUAUGAAUGAACUGUAUGCUUUAAAAAGCUUAAUAAGACUCCAAAGUAUGCAAAUAUUUUUAAUACUAAGUAAAAUUUACGAAAACAAUUUUCAACGCAAUGGAUUAAUUUUUUUUUUAUUUUAAUCUAGAAUACUUUUCUGUGCUAUUGAAAAUAAGCUGUAGUGGGUUAGGCGUGUAAAAUGGACUAAGGAAUUGCGUUAAGCUCUUUUUCUAUUAUUACUUUUUUUAUAUCAAAGCCAAAACUUGAAUUUCUUUGACUUAGACUAAUUUAAGUCAUCACCUUUCGCUGCUAUACUACUUAAAAUAAAAAAGAAGUGUAUAUUUUUUGUAUAAAAAUAAUUUUGUGAUCAUAAUAUUUUUUACAGCAGUUUUCACAUAAAAUAGUCUUUUGAAAAUUGAGUUUUCGACAUCGUACAUAUUUGAAUAUUUCUAGUAACUAAAAACGAAUUAUUUGCUUUAGGUGAGCAUAAAUAUAUUAGGCUUAGUUUAAUACUAAAAUUGAAAAGUAACGAACAA